AAAGAACAAUAUAGUAAUCCGCUUUACGUCUAUCGGUAGAACCAUAUAAUCAUGGCUAAGAAGAGCCACAAUCCAGCAGAGGCGUAUCGCAAGCAGCUCAAGGCGAAAGAGCUCAAAAAGAACAAAGAAGCAAGGCAAAAAGCAAGAGAGACACAGACUGUAAAGAAGGAUACAAGAGAGCUCGAAACAGAAAUUCGUUCUCUCAAGGCUGAGAAUAAUCCAGCCAACAAGAAGAAAAUCCAAGAGUUGGAAUCAGAGUUGCAAUAUGUUUCAAAGCUAAAGGAAAAAUACGUCUCGGAACAUCCAGAGGAACAUGAUCGCAUAUACAACAUACGGCGCAAGACUGAGCAGGACCAAGACGGUGAAGGCGAGGGGUCUGGAUCGGGGAAGCAGCUUUACGAUGAACGAGGGAGACUGAGGAACCCAAAGAGGAGUGUCUAUUAUGAUCCAGUAUAUAACCCAUUCGGUGUCCCUCCGCCCGGAAUGCCCUACCGUGAAAGAACAGCCGAGGAAGAAGAGAGCGAGGAAGAUGAAAGCGACGACGAUAUAGUCAUGCCUGAAGGUCCGCCACCAGACAGUGAUGAAGAGGGCGAUGGCGAUGAUUCUGAUGAUUCAGACGACAUUCCGCUACCCGAGGGACCGCCUCCGGAGCCACAGGCCAUUUUGCCGGUACCGCCUCUGCCGAGUGGCCCGCCUUUGCCGCCCAGUGGCUCAGGAUUUUUCCCGCCAUCGGCAGGAUACCGACCUCCCCAUCAUUUCGCCUAUGGUGUACCCCCUCCACCCCCACCUAGCUUCCGUCCCCCCAUGCCACCACGGCCUCACGCCCCUAAUGUUGCUCAUAAUAGGCCACCGGUACCUGUGCAAGACCCAUUGAGCAAUAAGCCAACUAUUCCUUACCAGGCGCACAAGAUGGCACAUGCUCUGCCGACUCGACCUUCUGGACCAAGCGGUACCGGUGUCUCCACAUCUGCAUCCCCUAAACCCAUACCUGUCGCUGCGUCAAGCGAUGCAAAAGCCCCUAUUACACAAUCUGCAGGAGUGCCCGGAGCAUCAGGAGAAAUUUCUGCCGCCCCUGUGCUGCGUGAUUUACGCAAGGAAACGACAGCGUUCGUUCCGCGAGGCGUCAGGCGACGUAAAGCAGGUCCUGGCGGUUCUUCUAAUGGCGCAGGUGGAAUGACAGUGAAUGCAGCACCGGGAGCUGGUGAGAUUGAUGAAGACGGGGAUGAGAUCAAACGACCCAAGCUGGCGGAGGGGGAAGGACUCCUGGGCAAGUUGAGUGGGGUUCUUGGGGGUGCACACGGCGUACUUGGGAAAAACGGGUCUGAAGAGAAACGGGAUGUGGACGACGACUAUCAAAAGUUCCUGGAAGGUCUGGGAGAUAUUGGAUAAUAGCAUUUGCACCUAUGAAAAUGUCCCAAAUCUCCCCUCACACCCCAAAUCAGCAAGCUUCCCAAUCUUCCCGGCGCCUGAUGUCUAGUUUUAAUGUUUCUAAAAAAGAAAGUCGAAUCCCUUUCAUUCCUACGUUAGUCAGGCCAAAAGAAAAGGAAAAGCACUCCGCCGUCGGAACGAAGAAAAGACGCAAACAGAAGAGUGAUGAUAAAGAUGUACUAAUAAAGAAUUGAAGGAGACUAUUUGAUCUGACAUCAGAAGACGCUACCGGCGAAUAUGUCUUUGAGCCUGUUCCUCCCUCCACAGCCGACAAUAUCUAUGAUAGAGGCAACUCUUCUCCUUGGCGUUCUGGUAGCGAAGAUUGCCGUGAUGAUGAAGAAAAUUGCGACACUGAAAACAGAUACUUUUCAUGCGGAGCUACUAAAAAAAGACUCCCUCUCUAGGCUCAGCAGUGAUGAUUGGACCUGUGAUUCGUCGUCGGAGGAUGAUGGACCGCCUUCAAAAAAGAAGACGCACCGCGGCAGCUACCCCUGCCCGGCGAAGAAGUCGUGCGAAGAUAAGUGGACCUGAAGCCAUCAGUGCUUUGGGCUACAGUAUGGUUGAUGGGCGCACUCGACUAGGUGAAGAGUUCUCAAAGGCUGAUACUUUCCGUUUCAGAGCCAGGGCUCAACUCAAUAAUGAAAUCCAGAGAAGUCACGAGCUCACCAACGAUGAGAAGUUCAACCUAUCAUUCAACAGCCGUCUCUUAGGAUGAUCAUCUCUUUGAAGCCCUCGCCACUCUUCAAAAUGGCUCAGAUCUUAAAAUCAGAAUGAUGAAGAGAGCUGCUUCAAUCCACGGGAUUUCUGAGGGGAUAAGUGGUAUGCGAAUGGGCGGUAUGGGAACCUGGGGCAUGAAGAUGGAGGGUCAUCCCAGAGGUAGAGACAUCCAAGCUGCUGGCUUCGACAGUGCAGAUUAUUUUGGGAAUUGGACCAGGCGAGACGCUGGGGCAGAGGACACGGCUCCCUCCAACACUCAAUUUGAUUGAUCCCAGUCGAGAUAGUUUGAAAUUGACCCUGAGUCAGAUACAUGAUGGCUUGCCUGGUACCAACGCUUAGCUUUCUGUCUAACCAAAGUCAGAUAGAUGAAAGCAGUUCAAUACCAAGCUACUAUGGACCUAUUUACAUUUCUACGGUCGCCACUACAAGCUAAAGUGUUAUCUAGAUACCCAACAACUCGUUAAUCUAUAAGCACAUCAUCGUUGUCAUCAUCUGACAUAAUGGUUAUCCCACUUCUGCAGCCUCCGCAAUCUCCACUCUGCCCCCCCUAAGGCAGUUACUCAACAGAAAUACUAAGGAUUCAUGAAUGGGAGUAUGCUAGGGAAUACGUCGUUCAAUAAUCCAUUGAAGUUCUCUGAUGAUGUGCUGUUAUGUGAGGCGAGACAAUAGCCAGAGUCG